AUGAAGCUUGCUCUGCUCAUCCCAGCAGUGAUAAGCAUUCCAUCGGUCGUGGCGUGGGGUGCAGCAGGUCAUGAAAUCGUCGCGACGAUUGCACAAAUUCACCUACAUCCAACUACCAUCGAACAACUUUGCGAUAUCCUUCCUGAGUACGCUGACUGCCAUCUCGCUCCUAUUGCUGCCUGGGCAGACAAAGUACGCAUGUAUAUGCGCUGGUCGUCCUCCUUACACUACGUGAACGGCCAUGGCGAUCAUCCUGCGCAGCACUGCGUUUUCGGUCAAGAAGGCUGGGCUGGUGCUCCAGGGCACAAUGUACUUGGUGGAAUACGGAACACUACGAUGUGGUUGGAGAAAGGCUAUCCUGGUGCAGAAGAAGCACUCAAGUUCCUUGUGCAUUUUAUGGGCGAUUUACAUCAACCUCUUCACCUCACUGGACGUGAUAAGGGAGGAAAUGGCGUCAAAGUACGCUUUGACGGUCGCGUCACUAACCUUCAUUCCGUAUGGGAUUCGCGUUUGAUAGCUAAGACCCUACGAACGAUCCCGAAGAACUACACGCGCCCACUCCCGUCACAACGCAUCGAGAACGCGCUGCGCGGUACAAUCUAUGAUCCCUACGUUCGACAAAUCAUGUUUGAAGGUGUCCUCGGGCGUUUCGAAUCGCAAAUCGACGAUUGGCUGACCUGUCCGCCGCUCGAUGAAUCCUCAUCUCGUCCGUAUCCGCCAGCAGAGAAACUGCAGCAGCUACCGCUCAACCGGAAGAUUAAGUCGACAGGAGCUAGAAAGGGUAGAACUCCGCCCCCUGAUUUACCGCCAACGGAUGACGAUGUCUUGUGUCCUUACGCAUGGGCUGCACCUUUACACGACCUAAACUGCGAGAUCAUCUGGCCUCUUGAGCUGGACGAGUUGCAACUGCAAUCGAACUUUUCUGGCGUGGAAACCGAUCUGAAUUCUUAUCUCGAGCUCGACACGCCGAAAUAUGCAGGUGCCAUCAAAGAGGCAUGGCUAGUCGAAAGGUUGCUCGCAAUGGGAGGUAUCCGACUGGCUGCGGUUCUCAAUUAUCUAUUUGCGGUAGAUGGUGCCAAUGCUGGUCCAUUGGCUCUGGUUGAUUAG